UGCAUCGGAGCCUGCGAGAUGGCACAGCGACAAUAUUGGCAUCUGCAGCGAUUGGCGAUGACGCAACUGGUGGAGACGACGCAGCCGCAGCUUGUGGAGAUGGCGGGGGGAAUCGGCGACGCUGACCAUCAGGUGGGACAUGCAGUUCCCCGAGAACUAUUUGGCCAGUCGCCCCUUUAACAUACAAUACCAGCAACAGAAUGAGGAACAGAAACUGGAACAGGAAUCACCCUGGCACAACAUGGCUGAUUACAAUUGCGAUGAAUAUUAUGUUUGUGAAAUUGCGGAAGCACUUAUGCCAUACACCAGGUAUAAGUUUCGCUUUGAGUUGCCCUUCGGGGAGAGCAGCGAGGAUGUGCUCUAUUCUCCGGCCACGCCCAUAUAUCAAACACCCAUGGCAGGUGCUCCGAUAUCAGCGCCCAUCAUCACAACACUGUUAUCCCUGGACGAGGAACAUGUGGCGGUUCACUGGCGUCCAGGACGCUACACGAAUGCACCGCUUCAAGGAUAUCACAUACGGUUGAGCAGCGGCGCCAGCAAUGCUUCCAGCUCCAACAGGGAAGAGCUUCUGCCCGCUUCACGUGUCAGCUUCAUCUUCAGCGAGCUGCAUUCGCUAACCAACUACACUGUGGAGCUGACCAUGAUCAAUAAGCAGGGCAAAGGACCGCCAGCCAUGGCCAGCAUUCAGACAAAGGCGCCGCUUUCCCCUGAGCAGCUGCGCAGCGUGCUUCUGACCAGCGAGCGCAGUAUCAGCUGGCAGUCGCUGGAGUCCGCAGGCGAGUCUCGGAUCAUCUUUAGUGCCGAAGCAGAUGCAACCAUCAAUGACAUGGUCUACUCAGAGCGUCAACAGCAGCUCUGGGUGCUCGAUUCCCUGGGGAGACUCUACAGACAGAAGCUGGAGGAAGACAAUUCAAGGCAGCUGCUCCAGAUGCAGCUCAACUCCAGCGAGUGGCGGCCACGUCGCCUGAGCCUCGACUGGCUGCAUCAGCGUCUCUAUCUGGCCGUGGAGGAUUCGACCCAGCAGCAUCAGUUGUUCAGCUGCAAUCAGGACGGAGGCGAUGUGCAACAGCUAGUCAAGACAGCGCUGGGAACGAAGGUGCAGCAACUGGAGCUGGAUGCGGUCAAUGGCUGGCUCUUCUGGAUCGAUGCUCAAGCUAUUUGGCGCCUCGAUCUGCACAGCAAGCAGCGGCUGCAGUUGCAUCAAGUCCAGCAACUGGGACACUUUGUGUUGCUGCCGCAACGCUGGCUGCUGCAGUUGUUGCAGCAGGAGGAUCAGCUGCUGGAGCUGAGCUACGAUGGCAGCCACAAGCGGCAGCUGGAGCAACUCCCUAGCGUCCAGCUGGCGGCAACUUUUGCGCUCUCAAGCGACAAGCGACAGCUGCUGGUGGCGAAUGCGACACAGCUGCAGCUCCUGGAGCGUCAUACCCUGAACGUCAUUGUCAGUUGGCCACUAUCAGCGGAGCAGGAGCAGCUAGUGCAGCUGACGCCACUGGAGCGACGUCGUCAGCCUUUGGCCUUGGAGGCGGCGACACCACGUGAGCUGCGAGCGCUGCUCGGUGCACAGGCAGCGCAAAUCUCGUGGCAGGAACCGGCACUGAAUCCCUAUCAAGCGGUCUCGAGCAAUUGCAGCUACGAACUCGAGGUGCUGGACGUGGCCAGCCAAAGCGCCUACAACAUACGCAACAUACGCAGUCCACAUUUCGGUCUGGAGCGUCUGCAACCGGACAAUCUCUACCAGCUGCGUGUGCGUGCCAUCAACGCCGCGGGCCAGGCGGGGGAAUGGACGUCGGCGCUUCUCUCGCGCACUUGGCCACGCGGGGAGCAUCGUUUACGCUGGGCCACGCAACGGGGAGAUCUCUAUGUGACCAACGAGCUGGGUGCACAGCUGGAACUGCUUCCAGCGCGCCUCGAGCCGAUAUCCUCCGGUCCGCUCACGCUGCUGAACACCAGCAUUGCGUACUACGUGAGCAACGGUACGCUGCGGUGCAUCAAUCUGCUCCAGCCGCAGCUCAGUUGCCAGGCACCGUCACAGACGCAACAUGUGGGCGCCGUCGCCUACGAUUGGCGCGGCGGUCUGCUCUACUGGACGGACCUCGAGCGGGACUGUGUGCAGCGUCUGGAUCCGCAGAGCGGCUCCCGCGAACUGUUGCCCAUUUUCGGCGCACGUCACCUCGCGCUCGAUCCCGAGCAGGGACAUUUGUAUUACGCAAGCGGCGCUCACCUGGCGCGGCGUCCGAUGAGCGCUCAGGAUACACAGCAGCCCGAGUUGGAGUACUAUCACGUGAGCGGACUGGCCGGACAAAUCAAUGGGUUUAGUUUGGAUCUGCAACAGCGGUACAUCUAUUGGCUGGUCGGAGGUAGUUCGGUUCAGGCUGAGCUGCAUCUCUAUCGCAGCUCGCUAUCACUGGCGAGCGGCAGCCAAGCGCCAGAGAUGAUCCAGCUGCCACCUGGCGCGUCUGCUGUGCCACACACGCUGCAGUUCCUCCAGCCCCUGAAUGCGCUGCUCUGGCUGCAGGGAAAGCAGGCGAGCAGUGCGCAACUGCUGCGGAUGUCCGAGCAGCUGGAGUCGGAACAUCUGCGCCCCCAGGAACUCUCCGAACCCUUGAGUGCAGUGCAGCUCCUACCGUCCUCUGCCUUAUCCGCUCCCGAUCCAGGCGUACGUCCGCUCGCCGUGCCACCGGACAGCAUACGCAUCGAUGAGGGCGGCCACUGGGAUGACUUCCGAUUGCGCUGGCAGCCCGCUGCUAGCGGUGGCAAUCACAGCAUCUGCUACAAGCUUCUUCUCGAGCACGGCAGCGAGCGUGUGCUCACUCUGGAGCUGGCCACGCCCUUCGCCCGCAUCACACAGCUCUCGCAUGCGCCGCAGCAGCUGCGAGUCAGCAUCACGCCGCACACUUCGUGGCGUGCCGGACCCACCUCGAGUGUACAGUUGUCGACACCGGUGGCGGCGCCCACUCAACCUCGUCGGCUACGCGUCUUCGUCGAGCGUCAGGCUGUGCCGCUGCAACUGGAGCCGAAUGUGAGCGCUUUACUCCGCUGGGAUGUGCCCGAGGAGGAACAUGGCCUAGGAAGUCAGGCGUUGCAGUACCGCAUCAGCUGCUGGCAGGGCAGCGAGCUGCACACGGAGCUGCUGCUCAAUCAGAGCACCCUCGAGGCGCGCAUCGAUCAGCUACAGCCGGACGUCACCUAUCGCUUUCAGGUGCAGGCGCAUGUUGCUGCCACCGGCGUCGCAGCGGGCGCCACUAGCCAUGCGCUGCACGUGGCACCUGAGGUGCAGUCGGUGCCGCGACUGCUCUACGCCAAUGCCGAGUACAUUGGCGAACUGGAUCUCGAUACGGCGACGCGACGCCAGCUCGUUCACACCGCCAGUCCCGUGGAGCAUCUGGCGCUAAUGCAGGGCGAACAGCGUUUGCUCUGGGUGAACGAGCAUGUCGAGCUGCUCAGCCAUGUCCCAGGCUCGGCGCCCGCCAAGCUGGCACGCAUGCGUGCCGAGGUCCUCGCUCUGACUGUCGACUGGGUGCAGCGCAUUGUCUACUGGGCCGAGCUGGAUGCCUCUACACAACCGCCAGCCGCUUGCAUCUAUCGACUGGACCUCUGUCGCUUCGAGGGACGCAUUCUGCAGGGCGAACGCAUGUGGAGCACGCCGCCAGGUCAGCUGCUGCACGAUCUGGUUGCCCUUCCUCAUGCACGUUCGCUUGUCUGGCUGCAGCACGAAAUCGGUGCUCGCAAUGCGACGCUCGAGGGACGCAGUCUGGCCAACGGGAGUGCGCUCAGCUUUGAGAGCGUACCGGGACCGUUGUGGCGACUCUUCGAGGGCAGUCAGGAGCCGCAGUCGGAGACGCUCAAUCUGGUGGAUCAUCAGGGACGUUUGUGCGUAUAUCAUGUGGCUCGGCAGCUGUGCAUGCCGACUGCGCUGCGUUCGCAGCUCAAUUUGCUCAGCGAUGACAUUGCGCAGCUGGCGCAGGACGCCGGCUACAUUUAUGCCCUGCGCAAUGGCAGCGUGCGUGGCUACAGUCGACGGCGACAGCAGCUGGCGUAUGUGCUGGAUCUGCAGCCGGAUGAGGUGCGUCUGUUGCGCGCCUACAACUAUCAGGCGUAUCCCAGUCGCCGUUGCCUGCUUCUACCCACGUUGGGCGCCAUCGAGACGCCCAUGUGCGAGGAGACCCACUGCCAGCUGCAGCUGCCAGCGCUCACAGCUGCCUCCGAUUGCCCGCUCCCCGUGCCAGGGCUCGAGUAUCAGGUGCAGCUCAGCUCAGCGCAUGCCCAGCUCCGUCAGCUGCAUGCCCUGGCCGGGGAGCAGCUCAACAUCACCGGACUGCAGCCGUAUCGCGCCUACGAGCUGCGUGUGCGCAUCUCCAGCUAUUACCAGCAGCGACUCGGACUCGAGGCACUGCAGUUGGCACCGCUGGAGCUCCAGACGGCUGCCGCCACUCCGAGUGCACCUCGGAACUUCAGCGGACGUGCUCUGAGUCCCAGCGAACUGGAGUUGAGUUGGGCAGCGCCGCUGGAGUUGCGCAGCGACAGCGUCUACUAUGUGCUGCACUGGCUGCUCGAGGAUCAGCAGCUCGAGCAGGCGUUGGAGCAGCCCCUGGUGCAGGAACAGCGCGUGGAAACCGCAGGUACGCAACGGCUGACGGGACUGCAGCCCGGACGUGUCUACCAGGUGUGGGUGCAAGCGCAUGCGACGCCAGGGAAGUUCAAUCGCAGCGAGUCGCUCUUCCUGCGCUGCUAUGCGCCGCUGCCGCCGCUGCAGCUGGAGGAGCUGCACGCCUACGGGAUGACGCUCUCGUGGUUCGGCACACCGGAUGUGCUCAGCACCUUGGCGCUGGAGUGUCAGUCGCUGCGCGAGCAGCUGCAUUUCAACGUGCUGGGCAAUCACACGACAAUGAGGUUGGAGUCGCUGCAACCGAAGACGCGCUACUCGUGCCGCCUUGCCUUGAACUACGCUGCCUCUCCAGGUGCUCCGGUCUACUACGGUGCCAGUCAGGACUACGAGACGCUGGGGGAUGCGCCAAGUGCGCCGGGACGCCCGCAGAUCGAGCAUAUUGCGGGUGAAAUCUUUCGCGUGAGCUGGAUGCCCGCCGAGGAGCACGGCGAUCCCAUUCUACUGUACAACAUGGAGGCGCUGCAGGCGCGACGCGGCGGUCGGAGGCGACGGCGUCGGGACACCUCAGCGCAGCUGCUGCCGUGGGCCGAGGAGCCAACGGUGCUCGAGGAUCAGUGGCUGGACUUUUGCAACACCACCGAAUUGAGUUGCCUUGUCCGCGACUUGUACUCGCGACGUCUGUUCCUGUUUCGGGUGCGCGCUCGCAAUCGUCCUCAUGGCUGGGGUCCCUACAGCGAGGAGAGCGAACGCAUCCCUGAGCCGUUUGUCUCACCAGAGAAACGCGGCUCCCUGGUGCUCGCCAUCAUAGCGCCCGCUGCCAUUGUCUCCAGCUGUGUGCUGGCCUUGAUCCUAGUGCGAAAGGUGCAAAAGCGACGGCAUCGCGCCAAGAAGCUGCUGCAGCAGAGUCGACCCAGCAUCUGGAGUAAUUUGUCUGCACUGCAAACACAACAGCAAUUGCUUGCGGCACGCAAUCGCACCUUCUCCAUGACGCUAAGCGAUGCGGACAUUGCGUUGCUGCCACAGAUCAGCUGGAAUCGUUUAACUCUGCUGCGUUUUCUGGGCAGCGGCGCCUUUGGCGAGGUCUACGAGGGUCAGCUUCAAGGGGAGGAUGAGGCGCAGCCCCAGCGCGUUGCAAUCAAGAGCCUGCGCAAAGGCGCCAGCGAGUUUGCCGAGCUGCUGCAGGAGGCGCAGCUGAUGAGCAACUUCAAGCACGAGAACAUCGUUUGCCUUAUUGGCAUCUGCUUCGACAGCGAGUCCAUUUCGCUGAUCAUGGAGCACAUGGAGGCCGGAGAUUUGCUCAGCUAUCUGCGCGCUGCGCGUCCCAACAGCCAGGAGCAGCUGCCCGGGCAGACUGAGACGCAGACGACGACGACGACUCCGACUUCGACUCCGGUGCCGAUGCUGCAACUGCCUGAUCUGCUGGCCAUGUGCCUUGAUGUGGCCAAUGGCUGCAGCUAUCUGGAGGAUAUGCAUUUCGUGCAUCGCGAUCUCGCGUGUCGCAAUUGUUUGGUGUCGAAUGGCGCCGCCGUUGGGGGUCGACGCAUUGUCAAGAUUGGGGACUUUGGCUUGGCGCGCGACAUUUACAAGAGCGACUACUACCGAAAGGAGGGCGAGGGUUUGCUCCCGGUGCGUUGGAUGGCGCUCGAGAGUUUGGUGGAUGGCAUCUUUAGCACACAGUCCGAUGUGUGGGCUUUCGGUGUGCUCUGCUGGGAGAUUCUAACGCUUGGCCAGCAACCAUACGCGGCGCGGAACAAUUUCGAGGUGCUUGCUCAUGUCAAGGACGGCGGACGUCUGCAGCCGCCCGACGAGUGUCCCGAGAAGCUUUAUGCUCUGCUGCUGCAAUGCUGGCGUUGUGAGCCUUGGGAGCGGCCAAGCUUCAGACGCUGCUACAACACGCUGCAGUCGAUCAACUCUGAGCUUCACAGUCCGAGCUCAAAUGUUUCCGUUCCCAAACCCGAAGCGCGUGUGCAUUUCGAUGAGGCAACGGAGCACCAAAGCACCAAAGAAAACACAACGCCAGCAAAUAGCGUCAGUUCAAGCACAAACAAAACAGUCGCAGACAAUCGCCAGCAGCAGCUUUAUGCCAACGAAGGCGUCUCGCGCCUCUGAGCAGCAGCUGCCUCUUCAAUCCCGCCUCGCUUCGCUUCGCCUUGCAUCUCUAGCAUUAUGGUUUCUAUUUAAUCGAUUUACCUAUUUUGUACUGAGUCUCUAAUCGAUGAAUCGAUGGAAUAUCUAAAGAUAAACCUCAAGUCUUGCCUGUAAUUCAAAUGGUUUUUUUUUGUCAUGUUUUUUAUAUGCUAUACAAUAUUGAGUAAAAAUAAAAUGUAAUACAUAAUUCUAA